CAGCAUACUACAACCUUAUGUAUACUGUAAUAUGUGAUGCUGGUUUCUCUGUGCUUUGGUCUCUUUAAAGGUGGGGCUGUUGGUGGACUGAUUGGAUGCUGGAUGACAAGCGGACAGUUUAAACCUUUACCUCAGGUUAUCAUGGAGCUGACACCUGACCAGCAGCGCAGACUCUCUGAGGAUAUUGUAAACAUUUUAGGCUCAAUAACAUGGACUGAUGUUGCACAGCUGACUGCCCUUGUGAUGGGAAAUGCCACACUACAGCAGCAAGUGACUGCUGCUCUUCUGAGCUAUAUACAAAAGGAACUUCAAGCUGAAGUGCAUUAUGUAGACUGAUGUAACUUAAUUUAUAUAAAGAGAAACAACAUUUCAAACCUUAUAAUCAUGUGUCAUACGGAUUGUUUGAUUGGAUGUUUGAGUUCUGUAGUUGAAACUGGCAUACAACACAUUAGUACUGUAUAAAAAUGUUUUUAACUUUAUAUGGUACAUUUGAAUCUGUGAAAUCUUAUUUCCUCCACAGGGUAAAAAAAAAAGGUAUUUGUGAGAGUUUUUAUCUCUUUCUCGCAAUUCAGAGUUUAUAUCUGACAAUUCUGACUCUUUUCUUGCAUUUUAGAGAGAAAAAAACCCUCUUAAUUAUUGCAUGGCAAAAAACUAAAAUCAGAGUUGUGCGAUAAAAAAAUAAUGCUACCUAAUCUCAAAAUUCAGAUUUUUUUUCUCGUAAUUUGUAGA